CAUUCAUCCUAUUGGAUCCUCACUUACACAACAUCUUAUUGCCAUUCUUAUUCGAUAGGACAGGAGCCGGUUUCGUCUUAUCAAUCUUUGGUAUCUACGACCUUCGAUCUUUGAUCCUUCAGCCUAACCGAGGCUCUUUUGCUUUCCUAAUUUCUUACAGUCGUAGCGUAGGAAGACGAGGCAGGCGCACAGCCUUGAUGCGAGUGUACUCCGAUCUCUAACUACGAGCCGCAAGGAAUUCGAGCAAAUGGAAGUAUCGGCUUAAUAUCGCCGCCGUGCUUACGCUUGAUGCCUGUGGAUUCAGCUCGGCGGCGGAGGUAUUCGUAUAGAUUGCAUCCCCAUUCGUGUGCAUUCAUUCUUCCGACUGCAGCGAUCUCGUACAUACGUCUCAGAUAGUAAUUCAUCUAUCACAAGAAAGCAGCAAGGCAGCCCAAUUCACUGCAAAACUACUGACAAACAGAAAGAAAACGACAAGUGACAUCACCCUUGUCUCUCAGCAUCAUGUCUCCGAGCGGCCAGCUCUCGCAAACAUUCUUAAGACUUGGCGUCAGCCGCCAUUUCAAUCCAAGAAUUCUCUCAGUAUCCUCACUCCUCACCAUCAACAGCUACAACAACAACAGCAGCAAUCUUAUUAUAUACUCACCUCGCUUAUCUUCUAAAAACUCUACACAACAACUUAGAUACUUUACGCAAACCAGAAGCAAGAUGUCGGCCACCAAUAACGCUGCCUGGAUCAAAGCGGCCAAGAGCCACCCCUUUGUGGUCGAGCCCGCUCCUGUGUGGACCCCUGAGGCUAACGAGAUUCUUGUCAAGAACCACGCCGUCGCCAUCAACCCCGUCGAUGGCUCUCUCCAAGCUGCCGGCUGGUGGCCCCUGAACUACCCUACCAUGCUUGGUCAGGAUGUUGCUGGUGUUGUUGCUGCUGUCGGUCCCGGUGUCACCUCUUUCAAGGUUGGCGACCGUGUUGUUGGCCACGCCGUCGGUAUGGCCACUAAGCGUGACCAGGACAACGCUUUCCAAGAAUACACCAUUGUGCAGACCAAUAUGGCUACCCAUCUGCCCGACCAAAUUGCCUACGAGAAAGCUGCUGUUCUCCCUCUAGCCAUGUCUACCGCUGCAUGCGCUCUCUACCAGGACACUCACCUCAAGCUCCAACUCCCCACAGUUCCCCCACAGAAGCCUACCGGCAAGACUUUCAUCGUCUGGGGUGGUGCUUCCGCCGUUGGCAGCAACGCCAUCCAACUCGCCGUCAACUCUGGCUAUGAGGUCAUCACCACUGCCUCUCCCAAGAACUUCGAGUAUGUCAAGAAGCUCGGUGCCAGCCAGGUCUUCGACUACGCUAGCCCGACCGUCCAGGACGAUCUUAUCAACGCCUUGAAGGGCAAGACCAGCGCUGGUGCCCUCGACUGCAUUGGUGGCGCUCCCCAGGGCAUCCUCCAACAGGUUCUAGCCAAGUCGGAGGGUGUUAAGGCUGUCGCCUCCACCAAGCGGGGCUGGCCCGAGCCCCCAGAGGGUGUCCAGAUGUACUCCAUCUUUGGAACCACUCUAAAGGACAACUUUGUUGGAAAGGCUAUCUACAACGACUUCCUACCGGCGGCACUGGCGGCUGGUACUUAUGUCCCAGCCCCUGAGCCUAUCAUCGUUGGCAAGGGUGUCGAGAAGAUCCAGGAGGCUGUCGAUCUCGUGAAGAAGGGCGUAUCGGCAGCCAAGCUCGUUGUUACUCUGUAAGUUGAGGUAUACCCAUGUUAGAUGAAACUGUUGGUUAGUUUGGAAUGUACGAGGGAUUUGGGUUUAUGGGUUUCUACUAUACAUACGCCACGCGACCCACAUACCCCAGGUCACCGGGAUGGGUAGUGCCAGUAGACAUUUAGGGUCUUGUCCUUAGACAAAAGUUUUGGUACCUAUAUAGGAAAUCAAAGAUUUAAAAGCCUACACUAAUC